AUGCAAGGUGAAUUUGAAAUGUCCAUGAUGGGAAAGAUGAACUACUUCCUUGGAUUGCAAAUCAAGCAACUAGAAGACGGAGUCAUUAUCAACCAAUCAAAAUACUGCAAAGAGCUUCUAAAGAGAUUUGAAAUGGAUGGUUGUAAAGAAAUGUCAACACCAAUGGGCUCUGGAACUUAUGUUGAUCAAGACGAAUCGGGUUGUAAAACAGAUAGAAAAAGUACUAGUGGUACAUGUCACAUCCUUGGAAAUGCAUUAGUUUCGUGGGUUUGCAAGAAACAAGCAUGUGUUUCUCUAAGCACUGCCGAGGCAGAAUACAUAGCCGCAGGUAGCUGUUGCGCUCAAAUACUUUGGCUUAAGCAACAACUUUGUGACUACAGACUCGAUCUUGGAUGCAUUCCUCUUCGUUGUGACAAUACAAGUGCAAUUAACAUUACAAAGAAUCCGGUCAUGCACUUAAGGACCAAACACAUCGACAUUCGACACCAUUUCCUUCGUGAUCAUGUGCUUAAAGGCGAUGUUGAAGUUAAUUUUGUCGAUACUCAUAAUCAACUGGUGGAUAUCUUCACAAAGCCGCUCGCAAAAGAACCAUUCUAUAAGAUUCGAAGAGAACUUGGGAUUCUAGAUGAGUGUGACAUAUAA